AUGAACCCCCAAGUAAUGUUAGCCAGCGUUUUGGCAGUGGUUUUCAUCGGUUUCGUGGCCUACAGAAUGAAGGUUCGAUCCCUGGACAACGACCUGUCUACCAUGCCACCGCUGGUUGACAAUAGUUCCUUGGAAGAAGACCUGAAAGAUAUCCUGGCGUUCGUGCCGAUGCACGAGGCAAAGAGAAUAAUAGAGGAUUACAUGAAGUACGACGCGCAGAUUGGAGACACGGUCACUUUCAUCGACGACCAGAAACGGUUCAUAGCGAAGGAGUUCGAGAAGAUGAAGGAAUUUGAGAAAUUGGUGAGAUUCUUGAGAGAGAACGGGCUGGACGUGGACGGUUGGCAGGAGAAGAUCAGAUUGUUUUGGAAGACCUCGCCGCGAUACAAGAGGUUCGAUCCUAAUAUCGCCAAUGGAGGACUCACCGUGAUGAUCAACAAGAUUUUAGAAACCGUGCCCAUGGACGAGCUCCACGAACUCCUCAGGCAGAAGGUGAAGUACUCCGGCAGCUUUAGGAGGUUUAUACAUCUACUUAGGUCGAGGGAUUUUAGGGACUUCUGCGACGCUGUGGAGGAGAACGAUGUUUUGCAUCAUCACUAUUUUUGGGCUAAGGAAGCUGGCUUGGAAAUCACUUUCGCCAUCGAACUGUUUAACGAACUGUACACUCAUCUCACUGAAUCGCUCACGAGUGUACAUCCGUCACGUUUAUAAUAAAGUCGAAUAAAUUCGAUGGGUUGGCGAUGGUUUCUUGAAAGAUUAACUUUUCGGUUAAU